AUGGGGCUGCCCGGGAGCCCGAGCAACGCGAGCAACGCGAGCAACUGCGCCGCCUCGGUCUUUGAGAUUUCAGAUGACGAGAGCGAAUCGGACACGUCGCUGACAUCGCUGACUCAACUGCUGGAGGAGUGGAUGGAUGAAGAGAUGGCAUCCAUUGAGAAGGAGCAAGCGGAGCGGCGACAGGUGGACGGAGGCUCGCUUGGGGAUCUCCGAAGCGGAGAGAUCUCACAAGGCCAAGGCCCUGUUUCGAAGGAGGCGCCUGCAAAGGCGCAGACGGCGCAGCAAAGCUAUGGUGAGGACCUGGCCUCCCUUCCCUGGGAGACCCUCUGGCGGAAGCUGGAGGCCCAAGGAUGGCGGAUGGAGCAUGGCCCGCGUGGGAAGGGCCGCCAGGCCUACUACUUGCCCCCCGGCGUCAAGCGUGGUCCAGGCAAGAAGAACCGCGUUGACUACUUCGACUCCAAGAAGCUGGUGUUGCAGCUGCUCUCUUGCGGCGAAGGUUCGCAAAAGCAACGACAGAACAGCACUGCAGCACUGCAGCACUCGGAGAACGGUGGUGGCAGUACGAAGUUCAUGCGGGACGAGGCUGCAGGCUGGCGCACAGCCACCCAGGCAAAACCAAAAACUUGGCGUUGA